AUGGCCUCUCCGGUCUCUGCCGUGCUGGGUGCCGACGUGGGGACCGUUCUGGGACCCGACUUGGAGGAGAAGGUCUUGCAUUGGUCGCCCUCACGGCUGACUGCACGGACGCUGAUCCGUUCCAAAUACUUCGAGGCCUGCAGUGUGUUGGCGAUCUUGGCCGGCUUGGUGCUGCUAGUUUUCGAAGUGAACGCAGACGCAAAGUGCUUUCCAGAGUACCUGACGAGAUUUCAGGAUUGCCCCGUGAGCUCUUUGCACAUUCGAUGGCUGGAAGUGACCAAUACGACCUUGCUCCUGAUUUACUCAGCCGAGUGUGUUGCUCGUGCCUAUGUGGACGGAAGCUCCUUCCUUUGUAUUUGCUGGAACCUCAUCGACCUCGCGACGGUGGCAGUGGGUUGGGCGGGGAAGAUCUGGGUCAGUGCCCUGAAGUUGAACUUCUUGAGGACAAAGGACAGCUGGGCCGCCAUUGCUGGGCCGCCUUUCUUUUGCCACAUGGCCGGUGAGGCAUCGAUAGAGGACGACGCGUCUCUCGAUGAGAUGUCCAACGAGGUGUCCGAAUUGCAAGCCGAAUUAAGAGCCCAGAGGCUAGAAGUUCAACAGCUCAUGAUGCGUUUGAAGGCCGUCAAUGGUUGCCGUGGUGCUAGCACUAGCGAAAGCAUCUCCAAAACUCUUUUGCCCAGCACGGAAGAUCUUCGAUCGCAGGAGCUUCGAGGCUUCUUUCAAUGGCUGGCCCAUGCCGUAGAUCUCAGUGACUUGCAGAUCUUCGAAGUGGAUUUUCAAGGUCCCAUUGGAGGCCGACUGGUCCAGUUUCACACGGUCGCUCAGUGGCCACUGGAAAGCAUCGCAGGGCUGCACUUGACGGCUCCAUUGGAGCAUCGUGAAGCUUUGGAAACUUUACUGCUAUCCACCCGGAAUACUGGAAAAGUUGACACUUGCGCCAUGCUGCACUUUCUAAGUUGGGAUUUGAUCCCUUGCCAUUUCGCUGCCCAUGGAGCCCCAGAGCCAUCAGUGUUGCUCUCGCAACGAACGUCCGAGCAAGGAAUUCUGAUCGCUUCCUGGCCUACGCAAGAAGACUUGCAGCUCUCUCACUCUUGCUCAUUUUCCUUGCAGUUGGGAGAGCGUGUGGAGCUGGAAUACGAAGGGCAGAUCUAUCGCGGCACGCUGAGCGCAGUGGAUUUUUCACAUCUCAUGGCGAGUGUUCGAUGUGAUGCUGAUCCCCCAGGUGUGAUGACCGUCACUCCACUCUCACAGGUGCGCCGCGUUUUGGAAUGCCCAGAGUGGAACGGCGCUUUCCGAGGCUCGAACGACGAGGGCGCGCUUCAGCCGUCGGGGACCUGGCAUCGAAGGACAAGGUCCUCCGCUUUGUAG